AGAUAAAAAGGCAAUCAAACGCUGUUUUAAAACGCACGCAUUGCGCACCGUUAAGAGUGAUGGUCUCCGGGGGUGCUGAUUGUUAAUACCUUCCCUCAGAAGGAAUUUACGGAGGGCACAGUACAGCCUGUGAGAGUCCGUGCUUUGGAAUUUCAGUGGAUUCCGCUACCCUCUUCGUGCUGCCCUGGCGGUUUUGGAUUUAUUGGCAAAGUCAAACAUAUCAAACUGCUCGACGGACAGCAUGAGCCCUUAACAUGUGUGCUCGAAACCGAGUGUGGAGAUCGAGCUGAGCAUAAGGGGGGAAGGUGCGCACCGGAGGAACGCAACACCCAAAGGGUCCUGGUACAGAACAUGACAGCCACUGGAGCCAAGCGUUCCAUGGGGACUCAGGGAACCCGGCCCUCUCGCCCACGGCUGUCCCUCUUUAGCCUGCGCUCCAGGAGAAGGAAGGAGGGCGCCAUCCGUGCCAGGCUGCGCAUCAAGUCCUCACCAGGGGCCUUCCUGGCGCUUGGUGCUUUUGUGGUAAUUGUAGGCGCAAUGGUGGCAGCAGUGGGAUACUGGCCAUACCAGGCUCAUCAGGCAGGGAUUCUGGGUCCGGGCAGCGCGGGGGGAGGGCUCGGUGACUCCCAGGUGGCAGGGUGGAGCCUGGGAGCCAUGGUCGGCCCCCCCCACAGCGAGCGCAUGAAGCUGUUGGGCCCAGUCCUCAUGGGCGUGGGGCUCUUUAUCCUCAUCUGUGCCAACAGCGUGCUGUACGAGAACCGUGACCGCGAGACGCAGCAGCUGGUGAGCCGAGCGCGGGCUGUGAUCUGCACUGUGUCCGCCUCCGUGCCUCCUGAGGCCCCGCCCUAUGGCCACGCCCUGACCAAACAUUACCAGUGGAUGGCCACUUUACCUGCCCCCAACCUCGGCCUCUGCCACUUGGGGCCGCUAGUGGGCUCCGAGCCUGUGCUGUGGCAGGCACAGUUCAGAGAAUUCAAGUGGGCUGACAUUGGCCACUCCCCAGCAGCCCCGUUGACCAACCACGAGCCCCACGGGGAGUCCCCCUCGCCUCCUGUCUCACUUUGCUCUGCCCACUCUGACUCACCCAUCUCAAGUCAUGCCAGUCCCCCUGCACUGACCGCUGUGUCACUGACAGUGCCUGGAGUGGCCCCUGAACCUGGAUCCCAAGAGAGAGAUGGCUGGGACAUCAGAGCACCCCCUCGACGUUGCUACAGCCUGAGCAGCAGGACUGUACCACGCCAGGAUGGCACCCUCGGGAAGGAGUCUGGUUCACAUGUGUGUCUGAACAUGAUGGACCCACAAAGCUGGUCUACAGACCUGGAUAGGGCAUCAAGACACUGCAGCUGGCCCUGGCUGGACCUCAACAGCACCAGGAGUUGCCUGAAGCUAGAGAGCAAGGAAGAGGUGGACACGGUAUUGAACCUGGUGGAGCAGGAGUGAUCUCAUUGGUAGAAGACCUAAGGCCCCUCCAAGGAUAGUGGUUAC